CUAGGUAGGCAUCUACCAUCAACAAUUUCGCACCACGUACUUUCACUAUUCGACACACCCACCGCCUUGCUACAUCGAUCACCUCGCUACCCCGACAGAAAUCUUUGCCGACAUCUUGGACAGCGUAAAUGCUUUCAGACCGCCAACCCAAACCGGGCACUCACAUCCACUGCAGCCAUGGGAGGUCGAGGCAGUGGCCCUAGACCGCGGGGCGUGCCUCCCAGAAAACCGUCCGGACGUACUCGAUCCUCAGGAACUCCAACAGAACCGCGAAGUCCACUCUAUCAUGACAUCGCCCAGAUCCUUCAUCCCGCGACAACGACAGGGUUACCCAGCCCUGACCCAGAGUCUGAAGAUCCCAUGUUUGACCUGCAGGAUGCGACAGUGUUCCAACAGGAUGGUAAAACUAUGGCGAAUCUCCUCGAAGUGGCCCUCGACGGUCCGUUUAUUGUCAAAGGAAAGAUGAUUGUGGAGCAGGAUACAGAAGCGCAACUCGCUAUCCCCAGGUGCAAUUCGGUUUACGUACAAAUACCCAAAUGUAGCAUGUUUUCGAUGGGCUAUGGGCCAUUAACUUUAUGGGCAUGGUCUAUUGGCGGAUGGAUGGAGAUCAAGCCUUCAAAGGUUUACCGCGAAACUUAUUUCAACAUGUUUGAGGCUAUUACCCUCUACUGGGAAAUUAUGGCUGCGUACCAGGACCUCGAGGAGAGGAACAAGAGGAAGUCCAAAUCUGCCAUUCGUCAAACACUGCUAAAUGCUCGACUAGACGAGAUAUUUUACCAUUACGCCAAGCAUGCAGGCGACGGCGUUUUGUUUUGCGAGGUUGAAAAGCGAUGCGAUAAGCACGCCCUGUUCCUGCUCGACCAAUUCGAUCAACAGUCGGAAUUCGAUUGGGACAGGACAAGCUUUUUCCAUUGGAUGCGAAAAAGACAUCCCGAUAUUGUCGCCAAAUUGGAGAACCAGAAAACUAAGAAUGCGGCGGCAGCGACUAGUUCGCGAACAAGAUCGUCAGUGGACAUUGAAAUGUCUGGAACUAGCACAGCUGAGUCUUCAUUCAUGCCCGGGAAAUCCAAGCUUGCGAAGCCUGAGCCUAGUAGGCCUUUGCCUGCUCGAGUUUUAGCUCCACCUUCUGGACCUACAUCUACUAUCCAGGCGCCUACCCCUAUGCCUGCUUCUACGCAUAUCUCUCCCAUGGCCGCCAAAAACGGCCUCACAAACCUCCCGCAGUCCAACAUACCCACCAUUGUUACUCUCUUGGAAGAAAUCGCCGCGGAAUCAGAGGCAGGUCGCAGAAGUACCUACGGGAAAUUUACAUCCGAGAUGUAUAAGAAAUGCAAGCUUUCCAACUCCGCUUAUGCCAUCCCCAAGGAGAUUCUGAAUCUAUACGCAGCCGAUUUACUGAAGAACUUGGACCCGGAGCAGUGGAAGGGUUCACCUUUAUGGGAAGGGCUGGAAAAGGAGGCCAAACAACCAAUCACAAAGCUGGUCCACAUGCAGUCGAUUGAGGAGAUACCUGAAAGGCUUGUGCGUCGUCAACAUCGGACAUUUGUGUCGGUUGAGGAAGUGGCCACUCCUAGUCGUGUUCCGAAUAGGUCUUAUGCCGGCAAAACACCACGUCUAAGCCUAUCUGUCGCGAAGAAGCGUCCAUUGGAGGAAACGAAUCAUGAGAGCGAGGGUGAAGGUUCUCCUGAGCCAAGUCCGGUAGGACCAAGAUCAAUAGGAGCCAAUGCUGCUCCGUCUAAGCGCCGGGGGAGACCGCCCAAGAUAUCUAGAGCUGAAACGGCCCAAACACCACAGGACCAAUACACUGGAAACACCGACGACGAGUCUAGUGAUGAAUCUGAUAGUGGUAUCGGCGAUACGGCGACAAAGGUCGUCCUCCGUUCGUACCCCCUGCAGACGGACAAACCGACUGGCCCAAUGGGUACAUGGGUUUGCGCAGAAGCUGGAUGCGGGCACGUAGUGCGUUCGGCAAAAGAGGCAGGACAGAGGAAGAAAGUACUGGAGCAUAUGCAGCUGCAUACAAAACACGACAUGGAGUUGGCGGAGCAGGCCCGAGAAGAGGGACAGCGAAAUGGGCUGCCAGUCAGCAAACUUCUGGAAAAGAUUAUGAAUGAUGCUGCGAAGAAUCCUGAACGGAUCAAGCGAGCGCAGCUGGGCUGGUAGCUUCGUGAAGAGACAGUAGAUUACAGAAAGCUGUAGCCGGGUUCUCUGGCAUGUAGGGCGGUAGAAUUUAAUGAUAAGACGCGACAUGAACCUUAAUUAAGCUGCCACUAUCAGUU